GAGGCGGGAGGAGGUACACCGUGGGGAGGCUGUCCCCUCCCAGGGCUCUUCUGGCUGGUGUUCCCAGGGCUCUCGGCCCGGGGAGGAUGGUGCACACAUGGGUGGCUGCUUCUGCAUCCCCGGGGAGCUGAGACUGUCCUUGGGCCCAGGUAAAGAAACUCCUUCCAAGCAUCCAGCCAUAUCGAGUGAGUUUACAUCCUCACCUGAAGAGAAGGAAAAAUGUUUCCUGCCACAGAACAUGAUUCCAGACCUGACACUCUCCUUCAGUGUGAAGAGCCGCUCCAGGAGAUGUGUCAAUGGCCCCUUGCAGGAAGCAGCCAGGAGGCGGCUCUGGGCGCUGGAGAAUCAGGACCAGGAGGUGCGUGCUCUGUUUAAGGACCUCUCAGCCAGGUUGGUGGGCAUCCAGUCCCAGGAGGCCCAGUUCCUCAUCACCUUCAAGACCAUGGAGGAAAUCUGGAGGUUCUCCACCUACCUAAACUUAGGCUUCGUAUCUGCAUGUCUGGAGCAUCUUCUCUUUGACCACAAGUACUGGCUCAACUGCAGAUUGGUGGAGGAUACAGAGAUCCAAGUGUCAGUAGAUGAUAAACACCUGGAAACAAUGUUCCUGGGACUCCUGACACAUGAAGGCCACUUCUUCUGCCGAGCCACGUGCUCCGUGGCGCAGCCAGCCGAGAAGGAAGGCGAGUGUUUGACCCUUUGUGAGAACGAGUUAAUCUCAGUGAAGAUAGCUGAAGGCGGGUCGGAGUGGGAAGGCGUGUCUUUGGUGACUGGUCAGCGGGGCCUGGUACAGGUGUCAGCCCUGGAACCCCUGCCGCUCCCUUUCCACCAAUGGUUCCUAAAGAAUUAUCCAGGAAGCUGUGGCCUUUCCAGGAAGAGGGAUGGUACAGGCUCCUAUCAGAUCGGCAGAGGAAAAUGUAAGGCCUGGAAGGAAUAUGAGAGGGCAGAAAUGGAUGAACUGAAUUUCCACCAGGGAGAAAGCAUCGAAAUCAUCGGCUUUGUCAUCCCUGGGCUUCCGUGGUUCAUUGGCAAGUCUGCGUGCUCAGGAGAGGUGGGCUUUGUCCCCACCAGGAACGUAGAUCCUGAUUCUUAUUCCCCAAUGAGCAAGAACUCCGCUUUUUUCAGUGAUGAGGAAAGAUGCUCUCUGUGGGACCUGGGAAAUGACAGGAGAGCUGAGAGUGCCACCUUCCUGCACACACUUGCUCAUACGGACAUAACGUCGGUCUACCGGCUUAGUGGGUUUGAAUCCAUCCAGAAUCUUCCAAACGAUCUGAGCGAGUCGCAGCCCGAAGGCUUCAGGGAGGCUCGGCCUGGUGGAGCCUGGGAGGAGCCGCAGGCCGGGGGCUCCAGGCACUCCAGCAGCUCCGAGGAGUCCCACCUGGAGGAGGAGCUCCUCUCCGCCGCCUCAGACAGUUAUCACCUGCCGGAGCCCGAUGACCUCGAUGACCCGGAACUGCUCAUGGACCUCAACACCGGUCAGGAGGAGGAGGAGGCUGAGAAUUUCGCCCCCAUAUUGGCUUUUCUGGAUCACGAGGGUUACGCCGAGCACUUCAAGAGCCUCUACGAUUUCUCCUUUUCUUUCCUCACGUCUUCCUUUUAUAACUUCUCUGAGGAGGACGAGCUCGUGGCCUACCUGGAGGCCUCGAGGAAAUGGGCCAAGCGGAGACACAUGACCUGGGCCCAUGCCCGGCUCUGCUUCCUCCUGGGCCGGCUGAGUGUCAGGAAGGUCAAGCUCUCUCAGGCCAGGGUGUACUUUGAGGAGGCCAUCCGCAUUCUCAGUGGGGCAUUUGAGGACCUGUCCUUGGUGGCCGCACUGUACAUCAAUUUGGCUGCCAUCUACCUGAGGCAGAGGCUAAGGCACAAAGGCUCGGCCCUGCUGGAGAAGGCAGGAGCCCUGUUGGCCUGCUUGCCUGACCGGGAGUUGAGUGCCAAGUACGAGCUCGACGUGGUGGCCUAUGUGCUGCGCCAGGGCAUUGCAGCGGGCAGCUGUCCCCUGGAGGCCAGGGCCUGCUUCCUGGCCAUUCGAUUGCUCCUGAGCCUCGGCCGGUACGAGGAGGUUCUGCCCUUUGCGGAACGUUUGCAGCUUCUGUCUGGACACCCUCCUGCCGUAGACGCUGUGGCCACCAUCCUGACUUUUCUGUAUGAUAAGAAAUAUCUUCCACACCUUGCAGUGGCCUCUGUCCGGCAGCGUGGUCCCCAGAGUGCCCAAGGGACGUCCCUUCUGAUUUGGCAAGUCCACCUUGUCCUCCAGAAUGCUGCCAAGCUCCUUGGUGUUUCCUCCCCAAGCUGGAAUGAAGUUUCCACCAUGGCCUGCCCAGCACUCAGGCAGGCUCUGGCGGCCUGUGAGGAGCAGGCAGAUCGACGCACGCAGAGGGCCCUGUGUCUCAUCAUGUCCAAAGUACACCUCCAACACAGGUCUCCGGACGGGGCCAUCCACUACCUGAGCCAAGCCCUGGUGCUCGCGAGGCUGCUGAGUGAGCAGGAAGCCUUGGAGUCUUCCCUCUGCCUGGCCUGGGCCUACCUCUUAGCCAGCCAGGCCAAGAAGGCUUCGGAAAUCCUCAGUCCGCUCUUACACUCCCUGAGGGAGACGGAGAGUGUUACCCGAAAGGGGGUGGUGCAUAACCUUCUGGGACUGGCACUUCAGGGUGAAGGCCGGGUGCACAGGGCAGCCAAGAACUAUCUCCGGGCCUUGCACAGAGCCCGGGAGAUGGGGGACGUGCGUAACCAGGCGGUGACUUUGGCCAACCUGGGCCACCUGACCCUUACGUCCUGGGCUCAGCAGCCGACCAGGGACUACCUCCUGCAGGCCGUCCGACUCUACUGUGAACUGCAGGCCAGUGUAGAGACAGACAUGGAACUCGUGCAGGUGCUUCUCUGGUUGGCCCAAGUCCUGGUGUCUGGACGCCAGCUGGCCGGUGGCCGUCUUUGCUAUGAAGUGGCACUGUUGUAUGGCUUAAGGCAUCGACACCUAAAGAGUCAGCUUCAGGUCACCAAAUCCCUCUGCCAUUUCUACAGCUCCGUGUCCCCAGACCCCGAGGCAUGCGUCACCUACCAUGAGCACUGGUUGAACCUGGCUCAGCAACUCAGGGACCGGGAGAUGGAGGGGCGUCUGCUGGAGUCCCUUGGGCAGCUCUAUCGGAACCUAAACACGGCCAGGUCCCUCCGAAAGUCUCUCACCUGCAUCAAGGAGAGUCUGCGGAUCUUCAUCGACCUGGGGGAGAGAGACAAAGCCACCGAGGCCUGGCUUGCGGCUGGGCGAGUCCACUACCUCAUGCAGGAAGACGAGCUGGUGGAGCUGUACCUGCAGGCAGCCAUCCAGAAAGCCCUGAAGUCAGAGGAGCCUUCCCUGGCUCUCAAGCUCUACGAAGAAGCAGGUGACGUGUUCUUCAAUGGAACCCGCCACAGGCAUCGCGCAGUGGAGUAUUACCGAGCUGGGGCUGUUCCUUUAGCAAGGAGGAUGAAGGCAGUGAGAACCGAGCUCCGGAUCUUCAACAAGCUGACGGAGCUGCAGAUCAGUCUGGAAGGCUAUGACAAGGCUUUGGAAUUUGCCACCCUGGCGGCCAGACUCAGCACAGUCACAGGAGAUCAGAGGCAGCAGCUGGUGGCCUUUCACCGUCUGGCUUCGGUGUACUACUCCCUGAACAUGUGUGAGAUGGCUGAAGACUGCUACCUGAAGACGCUGUCCCUCUGUCCAGCUUGGCUGCAGAGUCCCAAGGAGGCCCUGUACUAUGCGAAGGUGUAUUAUCGCCUGGGCCAACUCACCUUCCACCAGCUGCAGGAUGCCCACGAUGCCACUGAAUACUUCUGGCUGGCCCUGGCAGCAGCGGUCCUGCUGGGUGACGAGGAGUUGCAGGAGACCAUUAGGAACAGGCUGGACAACAUCUGCCAGAGCCCCCUGUGGCACAGCAGCCCCUCCGGACGCUCCUCAGAGAGGUCGCGGUGGCUGAGUGGGGGGGGCCUGGCCCUCUGAGGAAAGCUGCCCCUUCUCUGACCAGUUGGCAUGUCCAGGAGCUGCCGCUGCCCUAGGCUUCUAGACUCUAAUGGGAGGGUUCAAGUCAUCACCUGGCCCGGCCCCCUCAUUUUACCGUGGGAAGAACACAGUCCAGAGCGAGAGCAGCUCAUUCUGGGCUGGCCACACGAGCCGCGGAUGACACAGCAGGCAUUGGAAGGCCUGGCUUUGUGUCUGGAGCCUCACCAGCAGACCGUGGCCCUUCCACACAGAUGGCCUUGGAAAUGCACUUUCUUGACACACAAUUCUAGAGAAAACGAGAUACCUUGCCGCCGGGGAAACCUAGCUCAUCCCGCAAUGGGGAAAUCAGGAACUGCACUGGAGAGAAGACAGGCAGACCUGACUUUGUUCCGUCACGGACUUUGCUCAGGGAAAGACCCUCCCCUUCCCAGUGAAGACACUGGUAGCUUCCUUCUCUCUUUUCAGCUAGGACCAAAGGAGGGGCCGCUUUUCCUGCUCACAGGGCCUGUGGGCCAAGAGGGGCGGGGAAUUCACCAUACUCGUACCCCGAAAGACGCAGUCUCAGAAUGGCCCGCCGGAAGGCACCGGGCAUGAGGUCUGACCUGGAGUCACCGUCUCCAUCCUUUCCUGAGGCUC